GACCCGCCCCCUUCUCUCCUUCCACCAUCAGAGUAUCGCCAGGAUGCCGUCCAAGCAGGUUUUCGAGACGAAAGACGAGGCGGUUUACACGACCUCCAACGGCGCCCCCGUGAAGGAGCCGUAUGCAGCUGAGCGGGUCGGGUUCAAUGGUCCUCUGCUCCUCCAAGACUUCCACCAUAUUGACUUGCUCGCCCACUUUGACCGCGAGCGUAUCCCCGAACGUGUCGUCCACGCCAAGGGUGCCGGUGCCCACGGCUACUUCGAGGUCACCCACGACAUCACCGACUUGACGUGCGCGGCGCUGUUCAAGAAGGUCGGCAACCGCGCCCGCGCGACCGUCCGUUUCUCGACUGUUGGUGGCGAGUCCGGGUCUGCCGACACUGCUCGUGACCCCCGUGGGUUCGCCAUCAAGCUGAGAACGGAGGAGGGUAACCUGGACUGGGUGUUCAACAACACUCCGGUCUUCUUCAUCAGGGAUCCCGCCAAGUUCCCGCACUUUAUCCACACUCAGAAGCGCGAUCCCCAGACGCACUUGAAGGAUGCGGACAUGUUCUGGGACUACCUCUCGCAAAACCCCGAAUCCAUCCACCAAGUCAUGAUCCUGUUCUCCGACCGUGGAACCCCCGACGGGUACCACCAGAUGCACGGCUACUCCGGCCACACAUUCAAGUUCGUGAACGACAAGGGUGACUGGUACUACGUUCAGAUCCACUUCAUCGCAGACAAGGGCUUCAAGACUCUCGACAACGAGCAGGCCGGCAAGUUGGCGGGCGACAACCCCGACUACGGUAUCCAGAGCUUGUUCGAGGCUAUCGAGAGCAAGCAGUACCCGUCCUGGACCGUCUACGUCCAAACCAUGACCCCCGCGCAAGCCGAGUCCUUCCGGUACAGCGUCCUCGACUUGACCAAGAUCUGGCCGCACUCGCAGUUCCCCCUCCGCCCUAUCGGCAAGCUCGUCCUGAACGAGAACCCCGCCAACUACUUCGCUGAGAUCGAGCAGGCUGCCUUCUCCCCGUCGCACAUCGUCCCCGGUAUCGAGCCCUCUGCCGACCCCGUCCUCCAAUCGCGCUUCUUCUCCUACCCCGACACCCACCGUCAUCGUCUCGGCGUCAACUACCAACAGUUGCCCGUCAACGCGCCGAUCGUCCCGAUCGCGAACUUCCAGCGUGACGGUUUCAUGGCCUUCAACAACCAGGGUGCCCGGCCCAACUACCAGAGCUCGAUCAGCCCGCUCAAGUACAAGGCCAAGCCCUACAGCUCUCUCCAGCACGAGACCUGGAUCGGCAACUCCAUCGCGCACCUCAGCGAGAUCACGGAGUUGGACUUCGAGCAGCCUCGUGAGCUGUGGCAGAAGGUCUUGGACGACACGCACAAGGCCCAUCUUGUCCACAACGUUGCCGUCCACCUCGUCAACGCCAAGAGCGCGGAAGUCAAGGCCAGGCAAUUGUCCGUGUUUGCUGCUGUCGACCAGGACCUCUCGGACAGGAUCGCGAAGGCGAUCGGCGCGCCCACGGUGCAGCCGUUGAAGGUGAAGCCGGCUUCUGAGGCCAUUCCUUUCAAGACGAACAUCGGGAAGUCCCAGAACUUCUGAGCGGGUCGAUGGUUUCGGCGGAUGAGCACUCCAUUAACAUAGAAUAGCAAGGAAACGGUGUUGUACAUCUACUUCAUAUCAUUGUAGGAACAGAUUUGUCCUCUCA